GGGUCUGGCCGCCGGCAGGCGCUGCGUUUUCCAGCAGGAGGAGCUGGCGUGUGUCAAUGUCUAACCCGGAAGCCGAGUCGCGAUCCCGGAGGACACGGUCCCUGCGGCAUCUGCGCUCCUAACUCCGGGGGGUUCACCCGCUCUCUCCGGGGUCCUGCCUGCACCCCGCUCCCAUCCGUUUUGUGAAACUUGCUGUGCAUCUCUCCUAUGCCACAGUUACUACAGGGGCCACACUUCACACCAGCCAUUUGAUUCCAAAGAACAUUGGAUGUCACAGAGGUGAUAGAGAUUGCAAGGUUCCACAUCAGUGAGGUGAGCCUACACCAAGAUCAAGAUGCCACCUCCCAAGGAUAUUGUGAAGAUCGCUGUGCAAAUGCCUGGAGCUUAUCCUCAGCUCAUAGACCUGGACCAGAAAAAGCCUCUGUCAACCGUCCUGAAGGAAGUCUGUGACGUGUGGAAUAAGAACAAUCCGGACCAGUACGCUCUUCAGUACACGGAUGGGAUACAGAGCUACAUCACAGAGACGAAUCGUCAUGAAAUUAAGAACGGAAGCAUUCUGCGUUUGGCCACAGCCCCGAGUCGAGAGGCGGAGAAUCUGUCCACGGGGAUCCAGAGUGGCAACUAUGACGUGCGCUUUGAGUCGCUGAAGGGGCUGGCAGUCCUCUCCAAGGACAUCACCUUUGCCCAGGAGUUCAUCAGCAAGGACGGCAUUGCAGCGCUGGUCCGCAUUGUGGAGAACGGCAAUGACACGGGUGAGAGUUUGGCGCACACUCUGAAUGCAUUCAUAGAGCUCAUGGAACACGGUGUCGUCUCCUGGGAAACCCUCACCCCCGUCUUCAUUAAGAAGAUUGCAGGCUUUGUGAACAAGUCGGCCAUGGACGCGUCGAUCCAGCAGUUAUCUCUGGCCAUCCUGGAGAGUAUGGUGCUCAGCAGCAGCUACCUGUUUCAGCUGGUGAAGAACGAGGUGCCCCUGGACAGGCUCAUCUCUCACCUCCAAGUGACAAACCAGAUGAUCCAGACGAAAGCAAUGGCGCUGAUCAUAGCCCUGCUCCUCAGCUCCAACGACGAUGAGAGGAAGGAAACAAUGGAGUUUCUCAUUAAAAGAAACCUGAGGCAAUAUGUCUUCAAGAACAUUAUCCUGAGUUCCUCCACCAUGAGAGACGAGAUGGCCCAUUACUUGUACGUCCUGCAGUCCGUUUCCCUCAACCUCCUGGAGCCCAGGAUGAAGAUCCCAAUGGACCCCUACAACCAGGACCAGAGGGAAAUGAUACAGAGCCUGCGGCAGGCAGCCUUCGAGUCCGAUACUGACACCACCUCUGGGAACUUCAACACGGACCGGCGAAAGUCUUUGUACUCCAGAGAGUUCAGGAGGCUGGGCUUUCCGAACAAUGCCAACCCCUCGCUGGACUUCAGUCGCACCCCUCCUGGGCUACUGCCUCUGGAUAACAUGAUCUACUUUGCUUCUCGCCACUCUGACGCCUACAAUCGGUUUGUUCUGGAGAACAGCAGUCGGGAGGACAAGCACGAGUGUCCGUUUGGCCGUGGGAGUAUUCAGCUCACCAUCAUCCUCUGCGAGAUACUGAAGAUCGGAGACCCACCCUCAGAAACAGGACAGGACUUCUAUCCCAUGUUCUUUGCCCAGGACAGGGUCUUUGAAGAAUUCUUCUGUAUUUGCAUCCAGCUCUUGAACAAGACGUGGAAGGAGAUGCGAGCCACACAAGAAGACUUUGAUAAGGUCAUGCAGGUGGUACGGGAGCAGAUCACACGGACACUGGCCACCAAGCCUACCUCCCUCGAGCUCUUUCGCAACAAGGUGAAUGCCCUGAACUACAGUGAGAUCCUCAAACUGCGGCAGACCGAGAGGAUGCACCAGGAGGAGACCUUGGCACCACCAGUCCUGGAGCUGAGGGAGAGACUGAAACCAGAGCUGAUGGAACUGAUCAAGCAGCAACGCCUCAAUCGCCUGUGUGACGGGACGCUCUUCCGCAAGAUCAGCAGCCGCCGGCGCCAAGACAAGCUGUGGUAUUGUCGCCUGUCGCCCAAUCACAAGGUGCUGCACUAUGGAGAUGUGGAGGAAGGAGUGGAGAACCCAGCCAUCGAGUGGCUGCAGGAGAAGAUCCCCGUGGCUGACAUUAAAGCUCUGGUGACUGGGAAGGACUGCCCUCACAUGAAGGAGAAGAGCACACUGAAGCAGAACCGGGAGGUGCUGGAUCUAGCCUUCUCCAUUCUGUACGACACAGAGGACUACUCGUUGAACUUCAUCGCGCCAAACAAAUAUGAUUUCGGGCUGUGGACUGACGGCUUGAGUGUCCUCCUGGGCAAGGAGCUGAACAGCGAGCAGACCAAGAGUGAGCUGGAGAUCCUGCUGUCCAUGGAGAUCAAACUGCGGCUCUUGGACCUGGAGAACAUCUCCAUCCCAGACGUUGCUCCACCCAUCCCCAGUGUGCCCAGCAACUACAACUUCUGCUACGACUUCAGCCUCACUGACCACUGAUGGCGUCAGAGUGGCUUCACGUUCAAACAUGUCAGCACUUCCUCACUGUUAGAGGUGGCAGGGAGGGGGGGGGGGUGGGGGGGGGGGGGGGAGAAGAGGAAGAGAGGGUUGCAGAAUUGACACGGGUUUUAUAUGGUUAAUGUACAGAUAAAUUUUAUACCCAGGUAGCGACUCAAAUAUUUUUGUGUGCAAUAUUGGAAAAGGUACUUGCAAGAAAAGGCAGUAUGUCACUCCUCAGCUGGCAAAGGCUAUUGCAAUGAAACUGGGUUCAGGCCAGCAGAACUGGGAAUCCUCGGGGGGGGGGGGGGGGGGGGGGGGGGGGGAGCAGGUGGAGGUGAAGCAAGAUGUUAUGGAUUGUUAUAUGUAAAGAAAAAUUGUGAAAUGUAGCAAAUGCUUCACCGGUUAAUGGCAGCUGUGGAGAGAAACGGAUAUGUUCAGCUGGGAAACUUUCAUCCUCAAGAGGAUUACAAACCCGCAAUGUUGGCCUCACAUUUCUCACUCCAUAGAUGCUAGAAGAGUUGGAAGGGAAGGUUGGAAACUCAGAACAGUUUGCUGUUGCCACUUUUUGAUUCUCUUCAGUGGAAUGGCGAAGCCAGCCAGGCAGAUGCUAGUUAGCUGUGAAUUUGAUAAUUGGACAUGGCCUCAGAAGCAAGGCCGUGUUGGAUGAGGGCUGACGUUGACCAUGGUGGUUUCUGUGAUGCUGUUUAGUUUGUUUUCUGACAGGCUUUGAACCAAAUUUUAGUUCUGCCCUAUUCUGGCUAAGAUAGAUAACAGAAUGUUGCCAGGAUAAGAGCAAACCAUGCAUCCCAACUAGCUUUUGUUAAAGUAGCUAAUGUUGAUCAGGGAUUGAAUUUCUGACCUGGCAUUUGACGUAAAUCAACCCAGGGCAUAGACCAGGGAGCAGAUGUCAGGCACAAGUCCAAGCUUCUGAUCAUUGUUCCUGUACAACUGCUUUGCGUAUUUAAAGAACAAUAAUCAGGUGUAUGUACAACGUACUUCUGCAAGAAAACCAUGCCUAACAAUCAGUGAGCCCUUCCAGUGGUCACAGAAGAAAUCCCCCCCCCCCCCUCCUCACAUGCUAUUAUGGAAUGGCAGUAUGUCAGUCUGGAUUAUAAUAU